UACCAUCGCCCAACCGUCAGCUGCAUACCAAAUACACAUCCACGUCGGCGGGAAAGUGGGAAAACGGGGGGGAAAUCUCCCCGAUAUCAAGCGGCAGGCAAAGGGGCAAGCGGUGAAAAAUCUAUCACACCCAUCAUGUCGGUGACAGCGCCCACAUCACCCAUCACGGAUCGCGCCGCCGCUCGUAUCUCCCCUCUCAGUCCCAAUCGGUCCCUGUACGAAGGCGAUUCCAGCUCAUUUGCUUAUCGUCGAUACUCGUCGUCUCGAUUAUCCGAUACGAGGAGGUCGCUAGGCGCCGAGGAAGAAAAUACCUCGGCCUCGAACGGUGGGGGGCCUGCGGGAUCAAGUUCGGCCUCGGGGACGAAUCAUCCUGUGGACUCGGCGGCUGGAGCGAGGGAUCCAUUGGCGAGAGAUGGUACACACGUCGCUCCACGAUGGCAGGCUGGACCGGGAUACGGAGCCGUCAAUUGGAGGGAGGGUUUCGGAAGCUCGAAUGAACGCAGGAUAGCAGAGGAAGAAGCCCUGGAUCCGAACUCGGUACCGGGAUCGCCGGACAUCGAUGAAUUGGACGAUCAAGAUGAGUCGGCCUCGACAUCUGCAGCUGGGGCGGGUCCCACGGGUAGCACAGCUGGUACGGAUGAUCGACCGAAACGUAGGAGUAGGAGGAAUCCUGUGAAGAAGGAAAUGGAUGAACCGCCCAACAAAAAGAGACGAUCUGUCUGAUUCCUUUCAACCUCAGCGAUCGCUCCCAACCCUCCCCUCUCUCCGCCUGCUUCCUCUGUCGACCGCCCACAACCAGGUACAUGUCCC